GAGCCACGUCGCGCAUGUCAGUUUGCGUGAGGGCUGGAUGGCUUUGUAUUGACAUAAUCAACAAGACCAACAUGAGUACCUGAGUUACUGAUUACACGUGAUUUUAUAACUCAAAGAUAAGGCUUGGGCUUUAAGCAAAGAACCCUGCUAGUUACGACAAGCAAUCAGCUGGGAUCCUUCAUACUGGACCAUCAUCACUUAAGGGCAUUUGGUUUUUUUUCUCCUUUUCCCUCUCCAGUUGAACAAGCGGCAGCAUCAUGAGUGUAGAGUCCAAAAAAACACGUGAGGCAUGUUGCUCCAAGCUCAAGCUAUUUCUGGUCUCCUUGGCAUUUGUGUAUUUUGCCAAAGCUUUUGGUGGAUCAUACAUGAAGAGCUCCAUCACCCAGAUUGAGAGACGUUUCGACAUUCCCAGCUCUCUGAUUGGGGUCAUCGAUGGCAGCUUUGAAAUGGGGAACUUGUUGGUAAUCGCCUUUGUGAGCUACUUUGGUGCAAAGCUCCAUCGCCCCAGGCUGAUUGGUAUUGGCUGUUUGAUCAUGGCCACCGGAUGCUUUAUUAGUGCGCUGCCACACUUCUUACAGGGACUGUACAAAUAUGAGACCAGUAUGUCCCACAACACUCAAGUCAACAUCACUGAAAACAUCCUGCCCUGCUUGUCCAACCACAGCCUGAGCGAGAAGGAUGAUGACAUCCCUGAUGUAGCAGCCGUGAAAGCUUGCGAAAAGGCAGCAGGCUCCUCCAUGUGGAUCUACGUUUUCCUGGGAAACAUGCUGCGUGGCGUUGGAGAGACUCCUAUCAUGCCGUUGGGAAUAUCCUAUCUGGAUGACUUUUCUAGACACGAGAACACUCCUUUCUACUUGGCCAUCAUCCAUACAACAGGAAUCUUAGGCCCUAUGUUUGGGUUCAUGAUGGGGUCCUUUCUUGCCAAGAUCUACGUGGACAUUGGAUUUGUCGAUUUAGACACCAUCACCAUCACCUACAAGGACUCUCGCUGGGUGGGAGCCUGGUGGCUUGGCUUCAUCGCGGCUGGCGCAGUGAUUCUGCUGUCCAGCAUCCCGUUCUUUUUCCUGCCCAAGUCUUUGCCUAAACAGGGAGAGGAAGACGGCAGCGACAAAAGCACAGAGCUGGCCACUGGCCCAGAACAGGAGGGUUUCCUGCCAGAUGAAACCCAGGAUGGUGAUGAGAAAGAGAAGACAGUCACGUUUAGGGAAAUGGUGAAAGAUUUUAUUCCUUCGCUGAGAAGACUGUUCAGGAACAGCAUCUACUCAAUGAUGAUUCUCACCUACCUGGUUGUAGUCAAUGGCUUCAUUGGCAUGAUCACCUUCAAACCUAAAUUCAUGGAACAGAUCUAUGGCCAGGCAGCAUCCAGGGCCAUUUUUCUCAUAGGCAUUAUGAACCUGCCUGCGGUCGCUCUGGGUAUCAUCACUGGCGGUGUUGUGCUGAAACGUUUCAACCUUGGUAUUGUUGGAGCGGCCAGAGUGUCCUUUGCUGCAUCUCUAGGAUCCUUUUCUCUGCUUCUCCUGCAGGGUUUUUUCCACUGUGACAAUGCAGAGGUUGCUGGUUUGACUGUUGCAUAUCAAGGAUAUCAACAAGUAUCCUACGAUCCCUCGACGCUGUUGGCCCCGUGCAACACGGGCUGCUCCUGCUCACUGAAGCACUGGGAUCCAGUGUGUACCUAUAAUGGCAUAACAUAUGCCUCCCCCUGCCUGGCUGGAUGUCAGACCUCCACCGGAACAGGAAAAGCAAUGGUGUUUCAUAACUGUACCUGUGUUGGGGCCCUAAUGACUCCUGCUGCAAACAUGUCUGCCGUGCUGGGCCAGUGUCCGAGGAAGAGUGAUUGUGAUUUUAAAUUUAAAAUCUACAUGGCUUUGACAGUGAUGGGAGCCUUCAUCUCUGCCUGUGGGGGCACGCCGGGAUAUAUUGUACUGCUCAGAUCCAUCCAGCCAGAUCUGAAGUCUUUGGCUUUAGGUAUGCAGACGCUUAUUGUAAGAACUCUGGGUGGGAUCCCUCCCCCGAUAUAUUUUGGAGCACUGAUUGAUCGGACGUGUUUGAAGUGGGGCACCAAGCAAUGUGGAGGACGUGGAGCAUGUAGACUUUACGAUUCCAAUGCAUUUAGAAUGACGUUCUUGGGAAUGAUAACUGGACUCUACUUCCUUGCCAAUGUCUUGUGGGGAGUCCUCUAUGUGAAAAUUGUCAAGAGAGAGAAGAAGUUAGCGCUGAGGAACCAGGCCAAAGACAAUGGAGUGGACGGUAAUGCGCCGAGCAAAGGACAUGCUAACAUCAGCAUUGGUAAAAACAAAGAGGAAAACAAGGAGAGCUCUAUUUAAUGUGUUACAAGAAGCAGCAUCGUUGUGUAAAGAAGCUGAACUCUUGUGUACUGAGUUGUGGUAAGGUACAAUUUCAGCACUGUUUCAUGUUUUAGCAUAACUCUUUUUUUUUUUACCCCUUUCUUUUCAAAUGUCAUUAUUGUUUAUAAAGAAAUAACAGUUACAUGUUCUCUUUUUAGGUCAUAAAUCACAACUAGAGCAAUUCAAUUACAUAAAAAGUAUGUGUUCUUUGUCCAAACAGUCCAUGAAAUUAGCUUGAUCAGAAACCUAAACCCAGCUCACUUUUAAUGGAGUUCAGUUAUAAACUUCUGCAAAUCAACAUAGUGCACAGUGAAUAUAAACAAUAUAUAUUUUUUAAUGUUUACGCUCUUAACAGUCCAGAAUUCAUACUUGGCUGUUAUUAGGUCAGGCGAUUGAAGCUUUGUCUUCGGCUAAGGUUUUAAGGUGUGUAAGCUUACACACUAUUAAAGCUGAAAUGCUCACUUUGUAGGAUAUUGUAGCAGAAAUUAGCUCAAAGUAGUUCUGACGGAUCAGGGGAAAACUCCCUAUACAGUGCUGUGAAAAAGUAUUUGAGCCAUUAUAGUUUUCUUUUACCUCCGCUUUUUUGUCAAAUGUAAAUGUUUAAGAUCAUAAAACUAACCAUAAUAUUAUACAAAGAUAAUCUUUUUAAUUAAUAAUGUAAUUCAUUAAGGGCAAAAUAAAUCCAAACCAACUUGACCCCAUGUGAAAAGGGUAUUAUUGCUCUUGUUAAAUAAUGAUAGCCUUUUCUAAGGCUUCGGGACUCCAGCCUUCGAAAUAGUCUUUAUCCAAAUGAAGAAAAAGUGAAUAAUUGCUGACCCCUCCCAGGAGCGGUCUCAGUUAAAAAUCAGUGUUCAUGAGCAAAAAGGGCAAGCACGUGGGAGUUUAUAAGCAUACCACAGAAAGACCUGUCUUACAUUUGCCAAAAAAACAAUCCUUUGUAUCCCUAAGAAAUUGGAGAAACUAUAUGGAUUGAUGAGCUAAAAAAGGAACUUUGUGGAUAAUUGUGUCUGGCUUAAAAUCAGUUUUAGAAAAAGAGCCUUGAAGCCAAGGAAGCUUAGGAAAAGAUCCUGCAGUGAAGCUUAGGAAAAGAUCCUGCAGUGGUGGUCUAGGGUAGCUUAAGGCUUCUGCUUCAGGAUUUGUAAUGGAUGAAACUAGUACUCCUGGCCAGAGAAUCGGGAAGGACAGUAUACUAUCCGACAAUGAUGUUAUUGGCAUUAUUAGAACCCAAUCCCAUUAAGUACCCCUGCUUGCAUAGCUUGUCAUCUAGCUUAGCUUGGCUAUGGGUGGUUAUUGGAAAAAAGGUGGAAGUGCUGCCAUCAUGCUGUUGAAAGGCCCUUUCUUUCUACUGGCUGUUUUUUUUUGAAUGACAAAUUGUUAUUAGACAACCUAAACUCAUGUGUAUCGUUGAGAAAUCCCAUUUGCAUGGACCUCUUUUAAGCUUGGAAAAGAGACGUUCUGCUGCGAUAAAUGUGAAGUUCCCCCCACUUCUAGGGGAUUAUUUACUUUCUGUGGAUUUCCUAACAGAAUUUAGCAAAUAUUGCUAUUUUUAGCUAGGUCUGUUUGUAAAUUAGCCUCAAAUCUACCAAGCAGCUAUGAGAGUCGGGUCAGUGCAACUUGGUCAGGGCCGAAGAGCAUUUUCUUCAAAAGGAAGAACUAUUCUGGGAAAUUUGAAACAUUCUCAACCAAAAUAAACUUUUGAUGUUUUUUUUUUCAGUAAAUCUAUUUAGACAGGUCUUAGGUUGAGGGAAAUACUGAAAAUUACCACAGUAUGUCCUAGACGUAUGAUUGUUCAGUUUUGUUUUGUCUCACUCAAUUUUAUUAAAACAUUUUUCAUCACCAGAUGUUACCAGUCAUGCUACUGGUUGUUACCUCUCACCCUAAAACAUCUUUUUUUCCCACAAACUUACACAAUGGAGAAAAAGUUAAUAAUUGUUAUAGGCCUAUUUCAAGAAUAAAAAAGAAAACUGAAAUGUGCCUCAGCAAGUCAGUGUAAUUAUAAUGUCUUAUAACGUCUUAGUUUUUGCUUUUUUUUUUUUUUUAGCUACUUCAUUUCAUUUUAUUUACAACAAACCACACCCAAGAUAUUUUCUGAACUACAAGUGUUGUAAAGUUAGCUCCUGUUUGAACUGUGGAUUGCAAGCCACUGGGUUGAGUGUUAAGCUUGACAUUUUUGUAAUUCCACUGUUAAUAAGUUGAAUUUAUAUAGCAGUUUUUUUAUUUUAUUAUGUCAUAUAUAUAUUGCUUUCCUGUCACUUAUUCUGCCAUUUCCACCCAUAAUUUUGCUUGUAAAGUUGAAUAUAUAUUAACGAUAAUCCUUUCAUCAUUUUGUAUAAAUUACAUUCUUUUUUUUUUGCUGUUCACAUUGUAAAUUUCUUCUUUUAAAAUAUAUUAUUUUAUUAAUGAGACAACCUAGCAAUUUUUAGAUGUCUUUUGUCUUAAUAAAUAAUAUUUUGUCCCCUUCCA